UGCAAGUCACGUUCCUAUCAAAUAAAUUACGUAAGUGGGGACGUUUGUUGAUCUUCCUUAGCAGCGGAGCUGUAGGCUGUCAGACUGCGAGCAGCAGCAGGAGGAUUCAGAGCCGAGCUGAGAUCUCAACAGUUUCGCGAGGAGCUCAGAAGAUGGCGCUCUCUGGCUGGGUGUGUGUGGUGACUGGUGCUUCACGAGGAAUUGGAAGAGGUAUUGCAUUACAGCUGUCUGAAGCGGGCGCUACUGUCUACAUCACUGGCAGACAGAUGAAGACCCUACAGCAGACUGCAGCUGAGGUCAAUGAGAGAGGUGGCCAGUGUUUGGCGGUGGUCUGCGACUCAUCAAAAGAAGAUGACAUAAAGGAGCUGUUUGAAAGAGUUCAGCGUGAACAAAAUGGAAGACUGGACAUCCUUGUGAACAACGCUUAUGCUGGAGUGCAGGCAAUUUUUGACAACAUGGAAAAGAAAUUCUGGGAAAUGGAUCCUAAAAUCUGGGAUGACAUCAAUAACACUGGUCUCAGGGGGCACUACUUCUGCAGUGUGUAUGCUGCCCGCAUGAUGGUAGCACAAGGAAAUGGCCUAAUAGUUACUAUAUCGUCCAUGGGAGGCUUAAGGUAUCUCUUCAACGUGCCCUAUGGUGUUGGCAAAGCUGCAUGUGACAGACUAGCUGCAGAUACUGCAGUAGAGCUGAAGAGCAGAGGGGUGGCGUCUGUAAGCCUCUGGCCAGGGGCCGUACAGACUGAGCUAGUUUCCCAGCAUAUAAUUGAGAACCAAACUUCGGGCAUUGACCCAAAGUGGAAGAAAGCAUUCCGUAGUGGUGAGACAACAGAACUGAGUGGAAAAUGCAUUGUUGAACUGGCCAAAGACAAAAGUCUGAUGUCACUGACUGGGAAAGUGUUGUUUACGUGUGAUCUUGCACGGCGCUACGGAUUCCAAGAUGUUGAUGGUCGCAGCGUAGUGGAUUACACCUCUUUGAAAUUCCUCCUCACACAGGUGCCUUAUCUGUCCUGGCUCUCUGUAAUCACCCCCUCAUUUCUCAGAAUGCCUCGGUUCAUGCUCAGCUUGGCUGCCAGCAAGUUCUGAUGUGCACAGAGGGGCUAUUUUUUUAUUGGUUGUUAGAACAUCUGAAGGAAAAUGCUUUAUUCUACAUGUCAAUACCAUUUAAAUAAUCAUACUGCAAAUUAACAUUGUGCUGUGAGUAGCUAUGGACUGUCAAAUCACCAACUCUAUGACACAUGUCAAAAUUACUGAGCUUGAAUUCCUGUAUCCAAAGAAAUAAAGAUUCAGUUCCCGCCUAUUA